AUGGCUCCAAACCAAACUUUCGUUCUCCCCGCUCACUCUUCCGAUGGACAAUUCGACUCUGUCAGAACAAAAACCGUGGUCUAUGCGGGAAAAUCGAAGAAGACCAACCCAACCUCUCCAACCAUCUCCGAGGAGGACGUCUUCGAGCUGAAAGUCAAAAAAGAAUUCCCAGAAUACAUUGAGCGAAAGAAGGAUAAGUAUACUUGGAAGCAAUUUUAUUUGAAGCGAAUGGAGAAAAAACAGAAGAAACAAGAAGAGAAGAUGAAUAAGCUGGUGUCAAAAAUUGGAAAAUCCUCCGCACUCCAGCAAAAAUCAGCCCAUAAAACCAAACUUAUCGAAAUUGGUGGUUCAACUUCAGUCAAGAAAUUCGGUUCAUCCUCGAGACUCCACUCACUCUCCACCAGUCAAGCUAGCCAGAAAAGGCCGACCACUCUCAUUGCUAUCACUGCUUCUGUCACCAAGCCGCGCCAAGUUUCCACUAAUCUUCAGGGACCAACACAAAUUCGUCGAGUUUCUCCAGUUCCCGUCACCCGUACCUUCACUCCGCAUGGUGCUUCAACGAAGAAAACUGCUCCUCUCAUGCGCAAAGCUCUCCAGAUGAUGAAGAAAUAA